AUGAUGUACCCAGAUCAGCCGGAUCGGCAACCUGUUCAGAGACAUCGGCUGGUGCUUCUUGCUGGAGUACUUGUCGAGGAGGAGAAGGACCUCUCGACUCCACUCAAGGCGGGUUACCACUGGACUACUAAUGUCUUGUUGGAUAUUGCGUUUCCUUUUCUGUUUUUGUACAAAACAUAUUGCAUUAAGAUUAAUGCCUUCUCACUUGUCCACACAGCAGAGUCCAAUCCGCCGCCCCUAUCCGAACUUCCGCUCCGCCGUCUCCCUCUUCCUCCCGAUGUAGACAGGGGCGACGGCGCCGGCCUCGGCGGCGCUCGGUGGCGGCGGCUGCCCUCCUCCUCCUCACCCUCCUCCCCCUCCUCAUCGCCUGCCUCUCAUCUCAGUUUCUCCCUCCUCUCUCUCUCUCUCUCUCAUGGUGCGCCGGCGGGCACGAGGCGAGGGCGCGCCCCCUGCAGGCGGCGCUCCAGCGCGGUAUCGGCGGUCACCAGGCCUCUGCCUCUUUGUCCCUGCUUGCUCAACAUGGUGAGGAGCUCCUGCAUAAUAUUGUCCAAGUUUGAAGUGGAUAAAACCUCAAUCCAUGUGAAAAAAGCAUGUGUGGCUAUGCUGAAGAAUGUUGUUCGCCAACGGCGCUAUAAGUUAAAGAAGAUGUAUUUUGGUCCUCUUCCACUACAUCAAGUACCCAAGAAAUGUGUUGAUAUUUGUUUGGAAUGUGUUGAGACUUGUAAUGGUGAUGGCAUUGACAUGUGCAAGUCUUGUCAUUUUCUCUGUAACUGAUACCCUAUAUUCUGGAGAUGGGAUUAACAUGUAAUGAAGAUGGCAUUGAUCAUCUGUACCUGAUCUUUUGUUUUCUAAACCUUUUCUGUGAUGAAAAUAGGUUGUGAUCUGUGAUGAUAUUUGGUUGUGAUC